AUGAUUAGCACUCCGAACCUCAAAAGGACGCAUACUGCCUCCAUCAUUGAACGUCCGGCUGAUACUGAGCAACUUCAAUUUAAGAUAUUCCCUCCAGUCCGUGUGGAGACAAAUGAGCCUGCCGAAGCAUUCCAGAGAAAUUAUAGUAAAGUUCGGGUUGAAGUGGAUCCUGCUUCUAUAGCAAACGUGCACAAACACGGCUCUGCGUGGCUUUCCGCCACAUAUAAAUCAAGGGUUACAAAUAUCACACGAAAGAGCCAG